AUGCCCACGCGCGCAGAGUUGGCAACCCAGGCUUGUGACAUCUGCCGGAAGCGCAAGGUCAAAUGCAAUGUGACUUCGUCAUCGACCGAUGUCCCUUCCAGAUGUGGGCGCUGCGCUAGACUGGACCUGCCAUGCACCUUUCUGUCUCCAUCCCGGACGCGAGGCCCGAAGAAACGUGAGUGGUGUCAAUUGCUAACGCACACUCCAAGCUCACGUACAGGAUCUCCGGCACAAGAACAGCCAGAUUGGGGGACGGGGAGCAGCCGGGCUUCGGGUGCCGUCAAUUAUCCCACGGAUGAUGUAUGCGAUCGGCGCAUGUUUUCCUGCAUCAUGCAGGACUAUUUGGACUACCUGUACCCCUUGAUUCCAAUCGUACAUCGUCCGUCUUUCCAACAGUCCUUGCAGCAGGACCGGGAUCGUGAGGACAGCGGAUUCCUCGGGCUCGUCACCGCCAUCGCUGCGGUGGUUAUCGCCACUAUGCCUAGCAGAUUUCAUUUCUAUCGAUCUGCGACCCCGCCCUUGAGAUUUACCUCGCGCAGGGACAUGGUCCGUCACUGCUAUGACAAAAUCCUGCGGCUGAGGGACUCUACCUACUUUGACCACAUCAACUUCCAGAAGUUUGCCAUCUCAUACUUGCUGUAUGCUGCCUUUCGGCAGUUGGGUGAUCAUAACUGGUCCCGCAUGCUAGAUGUGGAGGCGACACAAAUUGCUCGCUUGCUAAAUCUUCAUCGAAUCUCUGAAUACGAUGGACUUAACUGCAUUGAGACUCAACUGCGGAAAAAGGGCUUCUGGUUGAUCUUCUACGGAUUUGUGGUUUUCUGGGCUGCGAUUAGGAGCACCUGUCCAGAAUCACCGGCUGAGCCGUGCCCCUGUGUGAGGGCCCGCGAUGCAGCCGUGCAGGUUGCUUACAUCCAGGAUCGUCUUCAUAGUCUACGGUUCUUACUGGAGGAUAUCCCUCCUCUCCUCCGGCCAUGGCAGCCACCGGAUAGCCAGGCUAUCGCCCAUGAAGGUGGCAGCACUGGUGUGACGGAGAUGACGCAGUCACACUUUGCUUCUAUGCGAGCAAAUUUACACGUCACGCACCUGUGGCUACAAAGCUUGCUUGUUGAUCAGUUGGAGGCGGCGCAGGCGCACAAAUCAGAGCCGUCACUAGUUUCUACCAACCACGUACAACCCAUGGUUGACGCAAAAGCGUUGUGGCUCCAGAGGGAGGGCCUUUGUCGUCAACUAUUCUGCAUCCUAUACAGCCUGCCCCAGAUCAAUCUGGAAGCGAACGGUCUACAUUUGGCGUACAAAGUGCGUGAUAUUGCGGCGGGCCUGCUGGUAUGCCCAUUUCAUGCCGCCGGCCCGGAAGCGGAGCGAGCAACCGAGUAUCUACGACAAUCGACCGACAUCUUGUCCCGCCUGGACAGCAGCGAAGGCAUGGUCACGAUGCAUCUGCAGACUUGGAUAGAUACAGAUCGAAUAAAAAGUAGUUAA